AUGAGCCCUGCUCCCGCCAGCGGAAAGCAGCACGAGCACGAGCACGGCCGCAAGAGCAUGCGCCUUCGUGGAGGAGGCGCGGGCAAGGACUGUUUCCUCGGCAUCGUCGGCUGCAUCCUGUGCUGCGAUUGCCUCGAGGACUGCUGCGAAUGCUGCGCGGACAUCAUAUGCUGCCCGUGCGAGAUGUGCUGCUAA